CUCUGGGUUAAACGGGGUUAGACUCGGGACGGAAACUUUUUGUUUUUGAUUUGAAAAUUGUUUAUCUUGUAUUUAUGUGGUGAAGAACGCAUGCAAUGAAAAAUGCAACACUAGCCUUGAAAAGCCUGCAUGUGGGUGUGGCCCUGACAUCAUGCCCUGGACAACUGAAACCGGUAACAUGUGAAUUUAGGGUCAGAAUCCGAUGCUCCUCCAAUGUUGGUGUUUCUAGGCAACAAGUUCUGGAGAAAUUGGACAAGGAGCUAGCAAAGGGAGAUGAUAGAGCUGCGCUCGCACUUGUCAAGGAUUUGCAGGGUAAGCCUGAUGGCCUUCGGUGUUUUGGUGCAGCCAGACAGGUGCCUCAAAGGCUUUACACCUUGGAUGAAUUGAGGCUUAAUGGGAUUGAAACUUUGUCUCUUCUUUCGCCCGUGGACACAACUCUUGGUUCAAUUGAGAGAAACCUCCAGAUUGCUGCUAUUGUAGGAGGCCUUGCUGCAUGGAAUGCCUUUGCUAUUUCCCCACAGCAAAUCUUCUAUAUUUCACUUGGGUUGCUCUUUCUAUGGACAUUGGACGCGGUCUCUUUUGGUGGAGGUAUUGGUGGCUUGGUUGUUGAUACAAUUGGUCACAGCUUCAGUCAAAAAUACCACAAUAGGGUUAUUCAACAUGAAGCUGGUCACUUUUUAAUUGCCUAUCUGGUAGGAAUACUUCCUAGAGGAUAUACUAUUUCUAGUUUGGAUGCUCUGCAGAAGGUGGGAUCUCUGAAUAUUCAAGCGGGCACAGCCUUUGUAGAUUUUGAGUUUCAAGAAGAAGUUAAUUCUGGAAAAGUAUCAGCUACAACAUUGAACAAAUUUUCAUGUAUAGCAUUGGCUGGGGUGUCUACUGAAUAUCUUAUAUAUGGAUUUUCUGAAGGAGGUCUGGAUGACAUAAGAAAGUUGGAUUUAUUGCUCAAGGGCCUAGGCUUCACACAGAAGAAGACAGAUUCUCAGGUUAGAUGGUCUUUGCUAAACACGGUCUUGCUCUUGCGGAGGCAUGAAGCAGCUCGAGGGAAGGUUGCCGAGGCCUUAUCAAUGGGAAAAUCUGUAGGAUCCUGCAUUGACAUUAUAGAGAAUUCUAUCGAUGUUUCAGAUCUCUAACUGAAGCUUUGACCCCCUUGAUUAUUCCCUUCUGUUACUCUAAACUCUGCUCUCAGAUAUGUUGAUUAAUAUUUCCAUAAAUUUUCAUAUGGUAUUAUUACCUUGCUCAUAAAUUUUCAUAUGAUUAUACCGUAUUGUUGUACAGUGGAAAGAAGUAAUUCAAUAUAGUUUCUUGGUUCUUUUGGCUAGCA